CCCUAUCUGCUUUUACAUAACAUUUAAAAUCGACACAUUGCAACCGAAUACGAAUAUGGCUGCAUUACAGGUUUCUAAGCUUGCAUCUGUUCUUGCCCGAUGCUUACCGUCAGACUUGAAGAACGCCGCAAAAUUCAAAGUAAAAGUGAUGGAAUUUGAUACACAUUUGAAUAUGCACUUUUCAAAACAUGUUACAGUGUACGCACAUGAUCCAAGUAGUGUGUGCAAACCUGGUGAUGUUGUGAUGAUUGAUCUGUUACCCAAAAAGCUGACGAAAAACAUCACCCACCAAGUCAAUAAGAUUGUAUACACAUUUGGGGAUAUAACAGAUCCUAUAACAGGGAAAAAAGUUGUUGUGGGCAAAUAUCGUGAUGAAAUUGAGGCCAGGAAUGAACUUUAUGGGAAAAAUCCAUCUGGAUUUGAUUACACCAGGGCUCCGGACAGAGGAUGGCAAGUUGGAAAGAGAGAUUUCUCAGAUAAAGAUACUUACAAAAAAUAUCACAUGUUUGAACAUGAUGAACCCUAUGCUGUUUAGUUGAUAAAAGCCUUGUGGGCUUCUUAUUA